GUGGGGGAAACACUGCCGUGACUGUUUCUAAAAUGGAUAUUGUUUAGUUUAUUGUUGUUUAUGUAGCUGUUGAACAUAUAAUCACACACAGGUACAAUGUGCUCUUCAAUCGUACGGUUUAUCAAACAGAAAACCGAAAAAACGAACUUUAUAUUCAGUUUUUAGUGCCUCGUGAGCUCAGUUUGUUUCCAUAUCAACCGAUGUUCUCGCGCUGUGUAACGUUAAGCUAACUGCCAGAAGAUUUCUGCUAGAGGUUAACUUUGUUUGGGGUCUACGCUCGUGCCUCCCUGUCUUACUGACCCACUGGACAGAUGAAAGGGAGAACAGGACCUUCUUCAUCAUCGGUUUCUCAGGAGCGGACCAGAAUGGCUCUGAGGAAGCAAGCCGUUAAGGAUGCCUCUGACAGUUGCUCCGAAGGCCAACAGAUCGAGGAAAACACACAGGAGGACGAAGCUCUCAACCACAGAGAUGACAAUGCCGAGCUCUCAUCAUCGCUUCUGUUGCCUUCGUCAUCAAGAGAAAAACGCAAGAGAGAGAAGGAAAACAAAUCCAAACCCAAAGAGAUGACAGAGGAGGAGAUGAUGGACAUGGCCUUGCGUCUGAGUGAACAGGAAGCCAGUAUCACUGCACUCAGGCUGCAGAAAGAGGAAGAGGCCAUGAUGAAAGCCAUCCAAGAGAGUAUGGUUGUCCAGACAGAGCCAUGUCUGCCUUCCCAAAGUCAGAGCCUGCUGGCUGAUGGUGAAGCACCACUCAGGAUCAGCUCUCGACGGAAACUCUUAUACUCAAACAGGAGGCCGACAUCUGCCAUGAAUCAGGGAGCAUCAGAGAAGGUCUGCACACCAGAGAGAGAGCUGAACCGAGGAGCAAAAAGAAGUGGAGAUGAAAGUAAUACCCAGAAUAAAAAGCGGAAAAGGAAAGAAGGAAGUCCUCUGUUGGAGAUGCCAGACUUGUCCCAGACUCAGAAAAUCUACUCUCAGGCUUCACCCUGCAGCUCAGAGAUCCUGGACCUGCGUCUGGACUCACCACAGAGCUCUGACUCGACUCAGAUCGAGGACUGUCAGCUUCGUAAAUCCCCCGUCUUCCACUCGACUGGCUGCAGAGCCGAGGUCCACAUCCACCGGCUGACCCAGGACGUGCUGCAAACCUGCAGAGCCUCAGGAUUUGUGUUGUGCUCUCAGGACAGUUGGACCUCGCCUCGAAAAUCUCCGCCUGUUCAACCCAAGAGCCCAACGUUUCCCGAAAGCCCCAAACGAUCCAGUGACCUCACUGUGUCCGAGAGCACGGCGUUUCCUAAAAGUCCUGUCUUCUCAGAAACUGAUCAGGGAGAUGAUGGAGAGACAGAGCUGGAUCCAGAGUAUUUUAAAAGUCCAGUAUUUGGCAGGAAUACUCAGCAUGAGAAGUCUCCAAGUGCCUGUAAACCCCAAGUUAGUGUCUGUAACUCAGGGUUCAUAUUCUAUUCUCAGGACAGUCUAACCUCCUCUGUGAGGUCCGCGUCCUGCCGACCUAAGAGCCCAGUAUUCCCAAGAAGCCCCAGUCCUACAAAGAACCCCCCUACCACAGAGGGAUCAGCAACCUGCAAAAGUCCUGUGUUCUCAGAGAUGGACGGAGGACAGACAGAGCAGGGUCACGGUCGCUGUCCUAGUCCAGUAUUUGGCAGGACUGGACAGCGAGAAAAGAUUCAUCCUGUCGUGCAGAAACACUCUGCGAGUCCUUCAGCUGCAGAGCUCAGAGGUUCAAGCAGUGAAGGGACUUCAGCUGCUGCUCAGAGUCUGUGGCAGGACUGCAAGACUGAUCACAAUCAAGAUGUCAGGCUUGACGUGUCAGACGAUGCAGAGGAGAAGCUGAAGGAAAUAUCCAAAGACCAGAACUCAGCCACGAUGGAGCUGACCACUGAUAUGACACUACUCUGGUCUGACGAGGAUGAGGACGAGGAUGUUACGCAGGUUGGCUCGCUCAGCCCGGUCUUCCAAAAGGAGAGACCCGUUCACCAGGCAGACAGCCAGGCUGCCUCCUCAAACCACGUGACUUCAGCUUCUCCAGGGACGACCAGGUUGAGCUACAGACCAUCUUCCUCUUCUGCAUCGACUGGCCGACGGCAGCUUUCCACCUCAGAGCGAGAACUGCGGCCAAUCAGCAGUCAGGAAAUGGUCAGCAAGGCAUCAGGUCCAUCGGGGCAGCCUGCAGGCGGGUCGACGGUGCACUACUACUGGGGGGUUCCUUUCUGUCCACGAGGCCUGGACCCAGACAAGUACACACAGGUGAUCCUGGCUCAGAUGGAGGUGUAUGAGAAGAGUCUGAAGCAGGCUCAGAGGAGUCUGCUGAGGAAGGUGGAAUGGGGGGAGGGCAUCCUGCCACAGCCAGAGAAAACUCCAUCACCCGAGUUGCCUGCUGAAUCAUCUCAACACCUUUUUACUCAAAGGCGUGGCCUCAGACUGAGAGGUAAAAAACUGUGUGAUGCAACUGAUACUCCUCCAGCUGAGGCAGAGGAAGAAGAGGACAACAAGGGUGAAGAGGAAGAGGACGAAAGAAAGAAAAGAGAAGGAGAGAAGAACAGUGAGACAGGAGAAGGACAGGUGGAUUCUGAUGACUGUGAGGUUUGUCCAGAGACCCAACUUAGUGAUAACGAUGACGACAGGACGCAAGAUCUGACGAUGGACAUUGAGACUGAUGCAGAGGCCCGACCUAAAAGCACGAAGCUGCCCGAGGUCGAGAUGAUUCUCUGGGACGAUUCUUCAGCCGGGAACAAGCUGCAGGAGGAGGAGGAAGAAGAGGACGCGCCAGUGGACAGAAAGGUGAAGGGAAACAUCCCCGUUAGAGGCAGCGAACUUGGUCGACAAAAUGCGAAUAAAGUGGAGGUAGAGGAGGGCAGGGGGGACCCAGAUGUGCAGGAGAUAAAGGAUCAGGGGCUCGGAAGGUCGGCAUCUCCUGAAGUGGAACGAGCCGUCGCUCCUCAGAUCCCUGAAACCAGUGUGGACUGUCCCAUCUGUCAGGCAUCCUUCUCUGUGACGGAGAUUGAGAUGCAUGCUGCGUACUGCGAUGGAGAGGUGGAGCAGAGGAGGCCUGAGGCAGACUGCUUCCAAGUGUCAAUGAAGCCUCGAAGGAAGAGAACAAGAAGAGCAGAGGCGAACGCCGAAGAGACUAACAACCCUUCGAACGGCGUCAAGAGCCAAGAGAAAUGUUUCAUCUGUCAGAAAUCAGUUUCUCUGAGAGACUACAGCAGACACACAGAGCUCUGCAUCCAGCGACAGGCAUCGAAGACUGCAGCCAGAGGAAAUCUGCUCUCAGCUCUGGAGAAAACAGAGAGCCGGGAUUCAGAGGCCGGGCCGUCCGGAUCCAGUCUCCAGCCGGGAGAUGUCAUUGAUCUGCGGGAUGAUGAUGACGAGCAGGACGAGGAGGAGGGCGGCAUGUCAGUGAUGAGGAUCAGUAACUCUCCCAUCAGAACCUUCACCCCCAUCUCAGAAGCCGCCGACUGCCUUAUCGACUUCAAAAAACAGCAGCGAUCCAAGAAGCUGAGCCAAAGACGAAGAUGAUGACGACCUCCUGAAGACCAGCGGUCCUGACUGAACAUACUGGAAACCAGAGCCUUAACUAAAGACUUAAACCAUCAUCAGGUUGGACGAGACAUUGCACUAUGAAAAGACUAGUUUUGACUUCCUGAUGUCAAAUGUUGGAUAUUUAUGCAGGUAAAUAAAUACGAAUGUUCAGAAUCUCACAUGUAUUCAAAAGAAGCUUGAUUUUGACUCUUCGUUUGCAACUAAAUGUUUUCUGUAUUUCCGUUUGUUCAUGUUGAAGGUGUUUCAAACUACCUCUUCAUGUAUUCAAACAUGUCCUUUUUCUUACUGUAGCCUUGGUUUUAAUGUCUAACACUGUGAUGAGAGGGCCCAUCAGAUUCAUACAGCCAACAUUUUAUUGGCUUUUUAGCUUAAAACAGGCAUGAAGAACCUUUUUCCUGUGGCCUGAAAGCUGUUUGUUGGGACACAAAUUACACGGAAGAGCGUCAACAUUCUCCAAGCGCUUUUUUCCUCAGCUCAUCCAGUUUAGCUGGUUUGUACCUCUAAUGACUCUUGAGAUAUUUUCAUCCCCACAGGCUAACUUGGGCACACUGGUUUUACUUUUACUUCGAAAAACUUCUCUCAGAAUGUGCAACACCCCGCAUUUACUUUUGUCUUCUUGCCUUUCAGCCUAAUGCGUUGAAGUUAAGAAGUACAUGUGUGUUGCAUUCAGGGACCACUCAGAGGAACGUGUAGUCCACUAUUUUUUGUGUUAUUUUUUUGUCGCUGAAAAAAGGCAAUUUCUUUUUUGUGUUUAUGAAUUGCCUCGUGGGCCUUAUGCAACCCGUAGGCCGGAGUUUCCCCACCCCUGCAUUAAAACACGAGAAGCCGAGCUAACUGUGAGUCAGUCCAACACUUUGGUCUGAAGUAUCUCAACAAAUAUCGGAUGAAUUGCUCUGAAAUCUAGUAGAGACAUUCAUGUUCUCCACAACAUGAAUCCCACUGAUUUUGGUGAUCUUCUGAGUUUCCUUUAGCGCCACCACAAGGUCAGCACACUUAUGACAGAAAACCACUAAAGCUAAUGACUGAAUUCUGCUUCAUCUCUAUUUGUAUUUUAAUUCAAACACAACAUGCAAGCUUGCUAACUGAGCAUGUAGAUGUAAACAUGAAGCAUGCUAAUGUUAGCAUGUACUGAGUUGCUAGCAUAACAACAAAGGCGAAAGUUAAACAUCAACAUAUUACACCAAAAUAUUGUACAAACAAUAUAAUAUUUGAAAUUUACAACAGUAACUGUACACAUUCACAGGCUUGCUUUUGCAUGCUAAUUUAGCAUUUAACUACUGCUUUCCUGUAAAUCCAUUAGUGGAUUCAUCAUUUCAGCUCUACGUGGAUAAGAUAAAUGCAGCUGUACAAGUUGAUGCAAGUUAGUUAAGACUAAUGUUAAAUGACAUCAGACUAAAUUAGGUCUGAAUUACAGGCUAGCCAAAUGUUGGCAUGCUAGCAUACAAAAUGUUAAAUGGCAAUGUCAAAUGUCUGAUAUUUAUGCACCGUAACAUGUUAACUGUAGCAGUGUUAGCAUGCUACAAUGCCGACAUUAGCAUUCAGCUCAAAGCACAGCUCAGGUUUAGUACAGCUGAGAGUCAGAAAAUGUCCCAAAAUGGCCACGGUUAUGAGAAUAAACCCUUUCUGACAUGAGUUUUCGUCCUGUGUCUUGUUUCCCGGCAGAAGUUAGCAUUUAUUAACAUGUAACUGAGGAGUAAGGCCACAUCCUGGAUGAUCCCUCAGUAUCCACUGACUCUGUGUCACCUCACCACCACAACUCAGCUCAUAGUUUGUGGAAGAAGGUGUGAAGCUUGUGAAGUCUGAAAACUGAAUUUCCCCUUUAAGAUCAUAAACUCUUUAGGGAAAAUUUAGCUUCUGCAUGUAACUGUAAACUGUUCUGUGUUUGCAAAAAUUUCGUUUCCUGUUAACUCACUUCACCGUUCAGUGCUUUUGUCGUCACUGUGGACCAUUUUUUUUAAUCACCCAGAUUAUGUCUGUUCUUUGACUGUAUGAUCAGAGUAUUGGCCUUGAAUACUGUAUCAGCACUUUAGAGUUCAAUUUCCUAACUGAUGUUACA